CGGGCUUGUUUCGCGCGCUUUUCUAAUCUGGAACCAACUCACCUGUCAGUUUUAAAAAAUAAUAUCGUAGCUACGUCGAUAACGAUUGAUAAAGAUGGCGCCACAAGUGACAGCGGUUACGGAUCCAGUGACGUUGGGCGAGGGCCCGCACUGGGACCAUAGAGAACAGGCGCUUUACUUCGUCAGUAUCUUUGAUCGCUCUAUCCAUAAAUACGUUCCCGCCACUAAGGAACAUACGCGAUCUGUCCUAGACGAUUUAGUAGGCUUCAUUGUACCAAUAGAAGGCAAACCCAAUCAUUUCGUGGUUGGUCUCAAGCGCCGCAUCGCCGAAGUAGUCUGGGACGGUCAGGACGGUACCGCUAAAGUAACCCGCACUAUCGCUGAAAUCGACAAACACAACCCUGAGAAUAGACUCAAUGAUGGCAAAGCUGACCCUAGAGGAAGGUUAUUCGCUGGUACGAUGGGUUACGAAUACGAACCCGGAAAGUUCUAUCACAAGAAAGGUGCGUUAUACCGUUUCGAUCCCGACGGCAAAGCGCACACGCUGGCUGAAGACAUCGACAUCUCCAAUGGCCUCUGCUGGGACGUCGAUGAGAAGGCCUUUUAUUACGCCGACUCCUUUGAAUAUGCGAUCAGACGAUACGACUAUGACAUCGAAACUGGCGAUAUUUCAAACCCACGAUUCGUAUUCAACUACAAAGACCACGGGUUGGAGGGUAUCGUCGAUGGGAUGACCAUAGACACGGAAGGUAACCUUUGGGUUGCCAACUUCGACGGUCAUCAGGUAAUAAAAAUCGACCCGAAGAAAGGAAAACUGUUACAAAAGAUACGAAUUCCCGCACUCCAAGUGACCUCUGCGACAUUCGGAGGUCCGAACAUGGAUAUCUUGUACGUGACGUCAGCCUGCAUGAACCGCGGCGUCGAGCAGAAGCCUCCUUGCGGCUCCACAUUCCAACUGACAGGUCUCGGAGUCAAAGGCCACGUCAACGCUAAUGCCAGAUUUGAUUAAAUAAACUGUGAUU